CUCGCGGCAACCUUUGCCCCUCCUCUUCCGCCCGCCAAGCCCCGCCUCUAUCCCAGCAGCCAUUGCGCCGUGACCGGAUCCUCCUGCAGCCGCCGGCUCCGGUACCGGCAGCCCCGCCCCGAGCCGUCGCCAUGCACGGCCGCCUGAAGCUCCGCCCCCCGGACGCCGCCCGCCGCCGCCAGCGCGAGGAGAAGCUGCGCCUCUACCGCGCCAACAUGGCCGCCCUGCUGGAGAAGCGGGCGCGGGGCGAGCUGGACGCGGAGGCGCUGGCGCUGACGGGGGAGGUGCUGGCGGCCAACCCCGACGUGGGAACCUGCUGGAACCUGCGCCGCUGCGCCCUGCCCGCCCAGCACCCCCACUGGGUGCCGGGGGAGCUGGCGUUCGUCGGGGGGUGCCUGGGGGUGAACCCCAAAUCCUACGGGGCCUGGCACCACCGGGGCUGGGUGCUGCGCCGCGCCCCCGCGCCCCCCCCCGCCCCCGCCGAGCGCGCCCUCUGCGACCGCCUGCUGGCCGCCGACCCCCGCAACUUCCACGCCUGGGAGCACCGGCGGGCGCUGGCGGCCGAGGAAGACCCCGAGGCGGAAUUGGCCUUCGCGGGGGCCCUGCUCAGCCGCGACUUCUCCAACUUCUCCGCCUGGCACCACCGGGGUCGGCUCCUGGCGCUGGGAACCUCCCGGGGGGGGCUGCCCCCCCACCGCCUGCGCGCGGAGCUGGAACUGGUGCACAACGCCGUCUUCACCGACCCCGCCGACCAGAGCGCCUGGGUUUACCUGCGCUGCAUCCUCUCCCGCGCGUCGCCCCCCCCCCGGAUUCUCUGUCUCUACGUCAGCCGGGAGGACGCGACGCUGGCCGUGACCUUCUCCCGUCCCGUCGUGGUGGGGGCGCAGGGCUCGGCGCUGAUGGCGACGGCCGACGGCUCCGCCCUGGAUGGGGCGUGGCGCUCGGGGGAGGGGCGGCCCCGCCCCAGCCACACCUGGCUCUGCGACCUGCCCCCCGCGCUGGCUCCGCCCACUUCCCGGCCGCGCCUCCACUUCCGGGUCACCUGGGAGCCCGACCCCUCCCCCCGCGAGGUGACGCUGCUCCCAGAUGAGGACGAGGCGUGGUGGCAGGAGCCAAUCGUCGCUCAGGAGCUCUUCUGGCCGGAGAUGGCGGUGGCCGAGGCGGGGGUGCUGCAGGCGCAGGCGGGGACGUGUCGGCAGCUGCUGGAGCUGGAACCGCGCAGCCGCGGCUGCCUGCUGACGCUGGUGCUGCUGCUCUCGGCGCUGGACCCCCUGGCGCACCGGGACGAGAUCCGCCGCUGCCUGCGGGACCUGCAGGAGGCGGACCCGCUGCGGGGCGGUUUCGUGGCCGACGUGGCUUCCAGGGCGGAGGCGGCCGUGGCCGUGCUGAGGAUGGGGCCGGAACCCGGGGGCGCCGUGAGGCUCCGCCUGGCCGGGAAGGCGCUGACGUCGCUGCCGCUGCUGGAGCGCGCGACGCUGGCGACGCACUUGGACCUGGCCGGGAACCGUCUCGGGGGGCUCCCCCCGGCCCUGGGGGGGCUGCGGCGCCUCAAGGUGCUGGACGCGUCGCGCAACGAGGUCACGACGUUGCGGGGUUUCCCGCCCCUCCCCCGCCUGGAGGAGCUGCGGCUGAGCGGGAACCCCAUAAGCCACGCCUCCGCGCUGUCCCCAUUGGCCGCGUGCCCCCGGCUGGCUCGUCUGCGAUUGGCCGAGACCCCGCUGUCCUCCUCGCCCGAGGCCGCCGCCCACCUGGCCCAGCUCCUCCCCCGCGUCGACGUCACCUUCGCCUGAUUGGCCGCAGCGCCCCAGCCUAUCACCGCCCCCCCCCACCACCACCACCACCCCCGUUGCUAUGGAUACGCCCUGGGGCUUGGCCCCGCCUCUUAAAAGGGGCCUCUCUGUAAUAAAGCGAUUGCCGCAGAGGUGGGGCC